UGUUGAAUGGACUGAGCAAAAAGUUGGUACGGCAUUGACUGUCACUAUUAUCACACUGCAAGAAAUUAGAAAAACGAUGAAUACUACAGCUCAAUAACUUCAGCACAUAAACGAAUUCCCCAUUUUCUUUCUUUAUAUAAGAAAGACUAAGAAGAUCCAAAUGAACAUCCCGCAGCUUCUACUAUACUAAAUAGAGCUAUGGCAAUUAAAUGUGCUUUAGCCUCCAUCUUGGUCCAUCUAGUUCUAGCCAGCUUACCGACUUACACCAUUGGCAGCCGGUUGCUGCCACACAACCGAAGCAGUUUUCCGCCUGGUUUUAUUUUUGGAGCCGGUUCUUCUGCUUAUCAAUCCGAAGGUGCAGCACUGAUAGAUGGCAGAGGACCAAGCAUAUGGGAUACUUUUGUGAGGGAACAAUCAGAAAAAAUUAAGGAUCGCAGUUAG